AUGCACAUUUUCACGUGCAUAGUCUUUUUCGUUUUGUCAGAGGCUCAGCAGCCCGAUCCUAUCUUCGACGAUGAAGCUCCAUCACCCGUGCAGAGGAAAGUUGACGUUUAUCCAGAUUCUGUCGUAGAAGCAGUACCCUUUGGACACAUCUUCCGUGAGGGUUUUGGGGAUCCCUUCUCACCAGUAAAACAGCCCGUAGAUGCUUUAGAACUUCGGAUGAGAAUGCCCAAAAAUGAAGAGGAAGCUAAACAAUAUUUGAAGUUGGGAAGAAAACACAUUGCAUUUAUAAAUCCGGAAAUAACGAACAAAUUCGCGUCUGCAAAAGAAGCAUUUUUGAGGGAAAUGAUGCUAGAUUUAGGCGACCCCUCUGAGACCAAUGAGACGCAUUUGAAGUGGUUCGAUUUCGCAUCAAUGCAAAGUAAAAAUGCUCAAGUACCGCCUAACCUCCAAUUUGCUGCUAGAAGGAAAGAGGAAACGAAUCACCGUCGCCACUCAUCACGAGUACCUACGCCAGUGGAUCUAAGUCAAAAAUUGAAUUCUUUUUCUAAAGCCUCUUUUGAGUUGGAGCAAGAUAAACGACAAUCAGAAAUGAAUUGGACUACAUGCGACCAGUUUGCAGUCGGAGCGAUAUUUUCACCCAAAGAAAUUGUUAAUAUCAGAUGGACUCCGUUUUAUAUUUGGUCAGAUAAUGGUAUAACUUAUUCUAUAGAACAUGUGUUUAAGUUUCCGAGCAAAAAGAUAGUGAAUGAGUAUUUUACGAACUACAACAAGUUUUUGAAUAAAACUAUUGAUUGGUCCAAACCGAAGCUUCUGAUGAAGGGUAUGAGUGAAAUGUUGUUGAUAGCGGUGGACAAGAAAGGAUUGUUUGACGCUAUAGUUAAGCACGAGGUACCAAAGUCUGCAGAAACCAACCCAAUAACAAUCCCAUCGUUAAGUUUACGAUUAAAAAUAGAAGAUCCAUAUUUGAUGAUGAUGUUUUGUGAAGAUCACUUGGCGAUGCUGAUGGCGAUAUCUGGACGGCAACCUACUACUUUCAAAGAUAUAAAGGCAGAAGCAGCAACCAUUAAAUUUCAAGGAAAUGGUAGACCAGUUUGGAGAAAUUAUGAAGGAGAAGCGGAAAAUAUGAAAUUGGUCAACGAAGCAAUAAUGAACGAAGAACGAGAUAAAUUUAUUGAAGUUAAUGCACCUGCACCUGAUGCAGCCCCGGAGGAAUAAGUAUAGUACAAGUUG